AUGUGCAUGCAUUGCCCGAGGGGCACCACUACGCUACACUCCGGCGCUACCGUACUCCAGGACUGCCGCGUUGAAAUAUGCAAAUCGGGCCAAUAUCUCGAGACGGAAUCAGGAAAAUGCCUGGAAUGCGGGCUGGGCGAAUAUUCGGAUAUUGAUGAUGCCAGAAGCUGCAAAAAAUGCCCAGAGGGUACAACCACUUAUAAAAAAGGUUCCACCUCCGCGUCGAAUUGCUCGUCGACAAAUCAAUGUGUUUCGGGGGCGCAUAAAUGCCAUUGGCUGGCUGUUUGCAUCGAUUUGCCGGAUGAGGAGGGGACGGCCAGGUAUGCCUGCAAAUGUCGCCCGGGUUUUAUCGGAAAUGGUUUCAAUUGCGCGGAUGCCUGCCACGGACUUUGCGAGAACGACGCGGAAUGCCUAAAGACGGGUGAUGGGCGCACGAAAUGCUUGUGUCGGGCCGGAUAUAUUGGAAAGCGUUGCGAGAAGCACCUAUUUACGCUG